AUGCUGGCCCAGCUCCCCGUCGAGAUCCUGCUACAAAUCACAGCAUACCUUGACAACGAAACCUUAACCAAUCUCUAUGAACUCUCUCGCCGGCUGUACUGCGUUAUAGCUCCCCAACUGCGUGAAAUUUACAGAGUAAAGACAGUUGAUCUGGGCUCUGUAAAGAAUGUCCAAGAGAUCAAUAUCCGGCCUCACCUAACCGGCCGACGAAUGCUGAAGUUUGUCGAGGAGUUGAUCUUUGUUGGUCAUUGUGGUGAUCAUCGCGAAUGGAAUCAUUGCUUCCUGCAUGCAGGGAAGUGUGCAGAUGAUCUCGGACGUGCAUUGAUGCCGUUGUUUCGGGGAUUGAAGAGGCAUAGCCUUAUGACCUUUAGAUGGUAUAUUGAGGCGUGCGUCCCUCAUCAAAUUCUUGGUUCUAAGGGGUACCUACGCAGGCAUCAGAGAAACAUCAAGCAUUUAAUGCUUAAAACUGGAUGGUGCAUUGAGGACACUGACCUGAGUCGCAAACUAUCGAUUUCACGAUUCCAUAAUGUUCGAAACUUGUGUUGGACAGGGAUCAGUACAAUUAAUCAUCAUAUUGCUCUGACACACUUCUUUGCUGCCAAUGCAUGUCGCCUAGAAGAACUCACACUUGAUGUCUACUCCCAUCCCCGGUUUACUGCUAAAUGGAGAGACCUCCACAAUGACUGGAUGAAGGCUAGGAAUAUCUUUGCGUUCAAGGUCCUUCAGUUGCAGAAGAACAACACACAAAGCCUCUUCCCACGACUUCGCAAAUUAUCUCUCUGCGGCGUCGGUUUUCAAUAUGCUCAUACCGAGAUGGCGUAUGCCUUCCAACUCCACAAACUCCACACAUUGAAACUGAAUAGCUCCCACAUUCUAGAGACAGUUGCAGAGAUUGCCGACAACCAAACCAUUCCUCUCACUGCCCUUAUUAUCAGAGUAGACGAGCAGUGGAGCCGACUCCAGCAACGGUUCUUCGCCCUGUCCAUGCCAAAUCUGAAAGAUGUAUUCCUGCGCAUAAACGCCCCCGAUCAAACCUCGCUCACGCCACAUCUAAGAUCGAUCUUCACUCCGGGGAGGGAAAUCAGACGGUUCGUCUACCAUCGUCACCUCUAUGUUGCUAGCGACACUGCUUCUGUGUGGGACCCAACCGUGGGCCCCAUGGUCUGGGAUACUGGAGUCGUUACCCUGCUCAGCAAAGCGAAUCUCCAAUGCGUCGGGCUCUGUGAUCAUUUGCCCUCCCUGAGAUUCCACCUAGCCCAAAACCCCCCCAUGACAUGGGAAAUCCUCCACAUCCGCUGCUUACCAACCAUACACGAAGAGUACCACCCGCACAAUCCCACAUUCGACCUCACCUACGACUUCGAUGGCCCCUUUAACAAGCCACCAACCUCCGUAGUCGACCUUACCUCGUACAGAUCAGAAUUCACAACUGGCAAGAUUACCGAGUUCUUAGCCUUUGCCAAUUGGGCAUUUGGUCCGCACGGCUUACCGAAAUUAGAGCUCUUGGUGUUUGGGCAAGUUAACACAACGCAUUGGGUUCAGGCCCUUGAACGGUAUAUCUUCUUAACGAGGAACACUGACGUCGCAACGCGCAUGAAGUAUCCGUAUCGACAGGUUGAGGUUGGCGACGAGGGAAUUCAGACGAAGUUUGAGGACAAUCUGGAUUUUCUGAUGACCAGAUAG